AUGACCAUUCCUUAUGUUGAACGAACGAUUCGGAUAAAGACACAUCAGGCAAUUACAGAUACUCAUCAAGAUCCGCUGGCAGGAUUGCCGCUAAGGGAGUGGAAAGUGGAAAUUUGGAUGCUAAAUACAGAUGGCGAAGAGAUAGCUGCUAACAUUUUUGAGAAGUGUGUGUACCACCUCCAUCCUACAUUUCCUAAUCCGAUCCGAGUAGAGACGAGGCCCCCAUUUACUGUAGAAGAACAGGGGUGGGGGGAAUUUUCGUAUCCAAUCCAGUGCUCCUUUUUACAAGGCGCCGGAGAAGUAGAAUUUUUGCACGAUCUUUCAUUCCACGCUGAAAGGUAUCACUCUGAUAUCCGCAUUAAAGUGCCAAUACAUAUACCUGAACUUAAUGAAGCACUAGCUCCCAGUGGGCCUGUUCCUGUACUUACGGAUGACACGCUAGUGGAAAAACAAAUACCUGGCAUUGAAAGAUGCAUCAAGGCCCUGGUUGCAAGUGACGAAGACAAAGUCACCGAGAUAGUCAACCGAAUAUUACACUACCCAAGCAUUUCGAGAGAAAUUGAAGCCAUCCCCUCUGAUGAAUCAUUUGUUCUCGACUUACGACAGCUUCCUGAUGGCCUUAUGGAAGAGGUCAUAGAAAUGUGCGUGUAG